UCAUGCUGCUGCCAGGUCCAGAGUCUGUCAUGGGUCCCUGUACGGCCUCCCAUUGCUGCUGUCUCCAUCGCCACACUCUGCCAUGUGCCACUUUCAGGUCUCCUCACACACUGCUGGUGUGUUGAAUUUUUUGACAUAGGGUGCUGGCAGAUUACGGGCCUCCCAUAGCUGCUGCCAGGCCCCUAAUCUGCCAUGGGCCCCUAUAUACCGCCUCCUCAUGCUGCUGCCAGGUCCAGAGUCUCUCAUGGGUCCCUGUACGGCCUCCCAUUGCUGCUGUCUCCAUCGCCACACUCUGCCAUGUGCCACUUUCAGGUCUCCUCACACUCUGCUGGUGUGUAGAAUUUUUUGAC